AUGCAGGCUCCAGUCGUGGUUAUGAACACCGCGAGCGGUGAGAGGCAGACUGGCCGACAGGCUCAGCUGUCCAAUAUUGCUGCUGCGAAGACCGUCGCCGACAUCAUCCGGUCGUGCCUGGGACCCAAGGCCAUGCUAAAGAUGCUUCUAGAUCCUAUGGGGGGAAUAGUACUCACGAAUGACGGCCAUGCCAUCCUACGAGAAAUCGAGGUGUCUCACCCUGCUGCGAAGAGCAUGAUAGAGCUUAGUCGAACUCAGGACGAGGAGGUGGGAGAUGGCACAACCACUGUGAUCAUUCUCGCUGGUGAGAUCCUGGCACAAGCACUGCCGCAGCUUGAGCGCAACAUCCACCCUGUCGUAAUUAUCGCCGCAUUCAAGCGAGCCUUGAAGGAUGCGCUUGAGAUCAUCGACGAAAUCUCCCUACCGAUCGAUAUCGAUGAUGACAAGGCCAUGUACGGCCUGAUCUCUUCUUCUAUUGGCACCAAGUUCGUCUCGAGAUGGUCCGAGCUGAUGUGCAGCCUAGCCCUGAAGGCCGUGCGAACGGUCAGCUGGGAGGUGGGCAAUGGCAAGACAGAAGUCGACGUCAAGCGAUAUGCGCGUGUCGAGAAGGUGCCUGGCGGCGAGAUCGAGGACAGUCGAGUGCUGGACGGUGUGAUGCUGAACAAAGAUAUCACACACCCCAAGAUGCGAAGAAAGAUCGAGAACCCAAGGAUAGUGCUACUGGAUUGUACCCUAGAAUAUAAGAAGGGCGAGUCGCAGACAAAUAUCGAGGUAUCCAAGGAGGCAGACUGGAACCGAAUCCUACAGAUUGAGGAGGAGCAAGUGAAGGCGAUGUGCGAGGCUAUCCUGGCUGUCAAGCCUGACUUGGUCAUCACAGAGAAGGGUGUUUCUGACCUGGCUCAGCACUACCUGAUGAAGGCGAACGUCACAGCUCUGCGCCGUGUACGAAAGACAGACAACAACCGGAUAGCCCGUGCGACCGGCGCAACUAUCGUCAAUCGUGUUGAGGAUCUGCAGGAGUCUGAUGUGGGCACAAAGUGUGGCCUGUUCGAGAUCGAGAAGAUUGGAGACGAGUACUUCUCUUUCCUAACGAAGUGCAAGUCACCAAAGGCGUGCACCGUUCUCCUCAGAGGGCCGUCAAAAGACAUCCUGAACGAGAUCGAGCGAAACCUUCAAGAUGCUAUGGGAGUUGCGCGCAAUGUCUACUUCCACCCAAGACUAUCACCUGGCGGUGGUGCUACCGAGAUGGCAGUGUCCGUAAGGUUGGCACAGAAAGCAAAGAGCAUCGAAGGUGUUCAGCAGUGGCCGUACAAGGCUGUUGCCGAGGCCCUGGAAGUCAUCCCCAGGACCCUGGUUCAAAACGCUGGCGCAAGCCCCGUGAGAGUCCUUACCGAGCUUCGCGCUAAGCAAGCAGAGGGUAAGAGCUCUUGGGGUAUCAAUGGAGACACCGGCACGCUUGUGGAUAUGAAGGAGUAUGGCGUAUGGGAGCCGGAGGCUAUCAAGCUACAAAGCAUCAAGACAGCCAUUGAGUCUGCCUGCCUUUUGCUUCGUGUCGAUGAUAUAUGCAGUGCGAAGAAGGCCGCAAACGGGGCUGUAGGUGUGGGCGGUGGUGGAGAUGACUGA